CAACACAUUCCUGUCUGUGUAUGUCUCAAUAUAAUGGUAUUAUUUAACUAAAUUCAUUUAAAAUAAUCUUUGUCUGAAAAUAAAAUAUGAUCCUCAACUGCGUUUCCCACUCCAGUCAGCAGACGGCGAUGUGCAUCUUUCAGGCGAUGCUGCUAGCGUGACGUAUAAUCUAGUGGACGGUUCUUCAUAAACAGUUCGUCAAACACCUCGGUAGCUUACUAGCCAACAUAGCCGAAAUAUUCCAGCUGUUUAUACGCUUUCGGCGUAUAUUAGCUAAUGUGUUUUAGACACACUUCUGUCGUAUCUACUUGUUAACCUAUUUAAUUUAAUAUUACGUAAUGUUUUAUUAGUCAGCUAUAGUAGCUGGCUGGGUAAGUUAGCACUAGCAUGGUCACUAAUGAUAGCUGGCUAGCUAACAUCCCCGAACAUGAGCUCCCUAAACUUCUCCCCUCCUGUUAAAGAAGAGGAAGUCUGCUGGACGGAGGAAGAGGGUCUGUGGCUGAACGUUGUGGUGAAAGAGGAGGAAGAGGAUGUCAAAAUACAAAAACAAGUAGAGGGUGAGGCUGUUACAGUGAAAGAAGAAGAGAAAGACUCGUUCAGAGUGAAAGAGGAGGAUGUUACAGUAAAAGAAGAGGAGGAUACAGUUUUUGGAGUGAAGAAGGAAGGGGAGAUUACUAUCACAUUGAAAGAUGAAGAUGAAGAGGAGGAGAUUAACACCAGAAAGAGACGUGACUAUCUUGGAUCCUCUGGGGAGCCUCAACAACCUCAUGAUGCUGACAAGGCAGAGAAAGGUCUCUCCAGAUCUGAACUCCUCAAGAAGCACCAGCAGAGACCCACAGGGAAAAAAUCUCACUGCUGCUCUGACUGUGGGAAGAGAUUCACCUCUUCAGCAGGCAUGACAAUUCAUCAAAGAAUCCACACAGGAGAGAAACCUUAUAGCUGUGAUCAAUGUGGGAAGAGAUAUCUUACAUGUAGCAGUCUAACUAAACACCAGAGAACACACACAGGAGAGAAACUUUUUAGCUGCUCUGACUGUGGAAAGCGUUUUGUUUCUUCAGGAUGUUUAGAAUCACACCAGAGAACACACACAGGAGAGAAACCUUAUAGAUGUGAUCAAUGUGGGAAGAGUUUUGUUACUUCUAGCAGUCUGACUAAACACCAGAGAACACACACAGGAGAGAAACCGUAUAACUGUAAACAAUGUGGGAAGACUUUUAGUCAGUCAUUCAGCCUGAUAUCACACCAGAGAACACACACAGGAGAGAAACCAUAUAGCUGUGAUCAAUGUGGGAAGAGUUUUGUUACUUCUAGCAGUCUGACUAUACACCAGAGAACACACACAGGAGAGAAACCUUAUAGCUGUGAUCAAUGUGACAAGAGAUACUCUAGCAAAAGAUCUCUGAUCAAACAUCAGAAAAAACAUACAUGAAGGAGUUGUUUCACGAUAUCAAUGAAAUAAAAUCUCAAAAUGUAGAAUGUUUUAACAUUGUAGUAGGAGUAUUUUAAAGUCACAAUGUAGAACCCUAAACGUUUGCCCCCUGUUCAAUAGAUUUCAGCGUGAUAUGGAUAUUAGCCUCGGGGAAAAAGCCAGGCUCUGAAAUGGAAGAGUACUAUUAAUGUGGUCUAACAAAAUGUGACUAACAAAAAAAGAGUUGUGUUGCACUUACCGCGUUGGCGACCCACUUAAAUCAAUAUGUAGCUAGCUGUUUUCUACAAGUUGUCUUCUAACCAGUGAUGGACACAUUAUUCCCAGAUUCCGUGUGGUUUUUGAGCUGUUAGUUUGAUGAGUGAUGACAAAUAAGUGUUCCAUUUCUCCCAAAUGUAGCUGACUGUCUUCUGCAGGUUGUCCUCUAACCAGUGAGGUAACAGAUAUCUCCCAUUUUCAUUUAUUUUUUUAGCUGUGUUAGUUUCAACAGCACGUACAACCUGAUUUCCCCCCUAUUCGAAAUCGGGGAUUUAUUGCUACUCAUCAAAACAACAGUGUUUCUGUUUUGACAUUUCACACAGGUGCGGGGGGUUGCCUUAAUCAACGUCCACGGCAAGUUACAACAGAUUUUUACAUUGUCAGCUCCGGGAUUCAGAUCCAGCAACCUUUCGGUUACUGGCCCAACGCUCUAACCACUAGGCUACCUGCCACUACUGAAGAAGCAUGUCUCAAAUCACCUACUCAUAUUUCAAACAUCCAGCCUGACAAAAGAUACAUGUUUUUAUUAUUCCAUGCUGCACCAAACCAUGGGACGGUUGAGCUAACGUAGGCUAAUGCAAUUAGCAUACGGUUGUAAGUUACAAGAACAUUUCCCAGGACAUGGAUAUAUCUGAUAUUGGCAGAAAGCUUAAAUUAUUGUUAAUCUAACAGCAAUGUCCAAUUUACAGUAGCGAUUACUGUGAAAGAAUACCAUGCUAUUGUUUGAGGAGAGUGCAUAAUUUUGAACAUGAAAAUAUAUUAAAAAACAUAUUAGGCACAUUUUAGUAGUCUUGAUACAUUUUUACAGAGAUGCAAUGGUUCAUUGGAUCAGUCUAAAACGUUGCACAUACACUGCCAUCUAGUGGACAAAAUCUAAACUGCAACUGGGCUGGAGUAAUACAUUAUGGCCUUUCUCUUGCAUUUCAAAAAUGAUGGUACAAUUUUUUUUUACAAAAAACGGUUGUUUGAUUCUUUGUAUUAUCUUUAACCAGAUAUUUUCUGUUAUAUUCUCCUACAUUCCUUUCACAUUUCCACAACUAUCAAAGUAUUUCCUUUCAAAUAGUACCACAAAUAUGCAUAUCCUUCCUUUAGGGCAUGAGCUUCAGACAGUUACAUUUUGGUAUGUCAUUUUAGGUGAAAGAAAGGGGGGGGGGGGGCAUAUCCUAAGUGAAUUAUUGCCAAUACAUAUGAACAAAGGGGUGUACAUUUGGUGUUGAUAUUUUAUAUUUACAAUUCAUGUAAUAUUUAGUAAUCAUGAUUAUUUAUGCAACCAACUGACAAUUUUUGGGGACAAAUUAUAUUGACAUUGUUGCCCUGCUUUUAGAAUAUCAGGGUUCAUUCUCAGAUGUGCCAACCCAAAUGUAAAAGAGCAUGACAUUGGGGACUGGGCCCCGAUCCAACAACAUGCCUUUCGAGUGAACCCUGAAAAGAGAGAGAAGCUCCGCAGUGAGGUGGAAAGUAACUACAGAUAUUGCAGGAGUUUCCUCUUGAAAUCAGACAUGUACGUGGUAAUGACAACUUGGUUGCUGUUUGUCUCAAGGGUGGGCAGUCAAAAUGUUUUGUGUUCUGCAUUGAGCCAGUGAGUUGCCAUGGAUCACAAUUUAUUUUGAUUUUCCGUAUUGGAGAUGAGUUAUGUUUGGGCUCGUUCCAAGGGGACGAGAGUUCUAGAAGCUAGUGAGUUUUAGGAAGACAAGAGUUCUGGAAGCGAGUGGGGAAAACAUUUUUUUUCUUGUUUUUAAUUAUUGACAGUCAGGUGACACCAUAUUUAUAUUGUUGAAGUUGAAGCAUUGUAGUUGAUUAUAAUGUGAAAUGGAAGUUGUUUUCUGUUGGUUGUAAGCAUUCUCUUACGGUGUUACAGUCUUUGGUUUUGAGGUUUGGAUUUUAGCACGUAUGUCUCAUUAGCUCUUAGGACGCACUGAUUGGUGUCACCUCGUUAGUCAGUAUGUGUUACACCUGUGCUGGCUUGUCCAUCUCAUUAGUGGUAAGGUGUUUCACCUGAGCUGUUCCAGGUUCUAUUUAAUAAGAGUGUCUGGCCCUGUGCUACAGUUGUCUUGAUAGAUGUGGCGAGUCAACAACUUUAGUUGCACUACCGUUUUGGUUUGUUGCUUGUUUUUUAGUUUGUGGGUUUUUCUUUUGUUUUCCUCUUGGGCAGAUUUAGUGGGUCUCAUGGUGGGUGUCUUUUAGGUCCCAGUUGUUGUUACUAGUCAACUUUCCAUGGACAAUGAGUGCAAAACUGCAAGAUUAUGUUAUAAUACUUUUAUUGCCUCAAAUGGUUGUUUUAUGCAACAGAAUAGAGGGUUCUUAUAACUAUUGUGUCUGUGUGUUCUACUAAGGAUGGGCCUCUGGGAGAAAAUACUGACCGGAGAUAUACAGUAUCUUUUGGGUGAUAAAACCUAAAGAGACCGCAUUCCAGAGCAUGAGUUAAUGUUUCUGUUCUAUAUGGUAUCAGGAAGAGACAACCUCAGGGCCAGACCCUGGUCUCUACACAAAGAAUACUGUUUUUACAGCAGAUAUUGUCUGCUGAGAAUAAUACGUAUCUUUCAUACAAAUCUUAAUCUUGUGACCCGUUCUAUACAUCUGUUGUUCGUCAUGUAGUUUGAAAGGGGUGUAUCUUGGCUAUAAAAGACCUUUGUAUCGUGGCUCUCAACGAAUCAUCUGGGGGUGAUUCGUCGACCAGCUAUCAUUAUCGUAGUGGACUCAAUUGAUUCACUUUAUAUUUGUGUGUUGUCUUGACCUGCUCCAUUAUUAAGUGAUUAAAGAUUUAGUUUAA